CAACAACAUUUAACAUUCACAUUCAUCCUUUUUAUAAAAGGCCAAUAACAAAAUAUUGGUCUCUUCUAAGUUCUGACUUUUUUUCUCCUCUCUAAAUCUUACUGAAAACGAUGGGGAGAAUGGCGGUAACAACAAGAGCUCCCGGAAAAAUCAUUCUCGCCGGAGAACACGCCGUCGUUCAUGGAUCCACUGCCGUCGCCGCCUCCAUCAAUCUCUGCACCUCCGUCUCUAUUCUUUUUUCUCCCGGUGAUAUGCUUAAGCUUGAGCUCAAGGACAUGGAACUAGAAUUUUCCUGGCCAAUCGGGAAAAUUAAAGAAGUAAUUCCAGAUUUUGAUACCCCCUCACCUUCAACACCCUUACCUUGUUCAUCAGAAACCCUUAAGUCAAUAGCAUCACUCUACGAAGAGCAAAAUAUUCCAGAGGCAAAAAUAACGUUGGCUUCUGGAGUGUCAGCUUUUCUCUGGCUAUACACGGCCACCCAAGGGUACAAACCUGCAACGGUAACUGUGACUUCUGAACUUCCUCUAGGUGCGGGAUUGGGUUCAUCUGCUGCAUUCUGUGUGGCACUUUCAGGUGCCCUUCUUGCAUUGUCAGAAUGUUGUGAGCUUGACUACAGUCAACAAGGCUGGUUAACUUUGAGGAAUAGCGAGCUUGAUCUGGUAAACAAAUGGGCUUUUGAAGGUGAAAAGAUAAUUCACGGAAGGCCAUCUGGUAUCGACAACACAGUAAGCACCUAUGGAAAUAUGAUACAGUUCAAGUCAGGUGAAAUCACAAGGCUUAAGUCGAAUACACCGUUGAAGAUGCUAAUCACAAAUACUAAGGUGGGGAGAAACACAAAAGCAUUAGUUGCUGGUGUGUCAGAGAGGACACUGCGGUACCCUGAGGCAAUGACUUGUGUAUUUAAAGCUGUUGACUCUAUUAGCAAGGAGCUGUCUAAUAUCAUACAAACAUCAGCUUCAAAUGAUAUUGCGGUCACUGAAAAGGAAGAUAAGGUGGAAGAACUAAUGGAGAUGAACCAAGGCUUGCUUCAGUGUAUGGGAGUAAGCCAUGCUUCCAUAGAGACUGUUCUCCGAACAACGCUUAAAUACAAAUUACGUUCCAAGCUGACAGGAGCUGGUGGUGGAGGUUGUGUACUGACACUAUUGCCGACACUUCUGUCCAGCAUCGUGGUAGAUAAAGUGGUUGCUGAGUUAGAAUCCUGUGGCUUCCAAUGCUUCACGGCCGGAAUUGGUGGCAAUGGUUUGGAGGUAUGCUUCAGUGAUAAUGCCCAAAUUUGAGCUGUCCAUUCUCGUGAGCCAUUGUGAGUCUUACCUUUGUUGUUGAAUGAUUCUGAUUGUACCAAUUUAAGUCAUUGUUUCCCACUGUACAAUAUGUUGUACAUUAGGUCCAUUAUUGUAGUUUCCUUGCUCAUUCUUCUUCAUUGCAUCAGAAGCCUCUUUGAUCCAACAAAUUUGAGAACCUGAUGUAGUUAUCAAAAACUUUGAGUUACUUGAGAAAUAAAAUUAUUUAUAGUUCUCAGCA